GGGGAGCGGAGCCUGGGCGUGUGCCGCUCGCCGCUGCCGGGGCUCGCCGAGCCGCCUCUGGUGCACACACACGUACAUUGUCCGAGCGAGCUGCCGCCGCCGCCGCAGCGAGAGAGCGCCCCGGGGCUCGGUGCCAAUGCGGGGUGGGCGCUGCAAGCCGGGAGCUUCUCCACCACCCCGGUGGAAAGUUCAUCUUCGCCUGGGCCCGCCGCACCAUUGAUCCAGAGCGGCCGCCGCCGGGGAGGGAGGCAGGAUCUGCGGCUCUGGCCGGGAGGGGGGAUUUUUUUUUUGCCUUUUCCCUCCAAACUUUCUGUGCGCGCCUCCCGCAGAAGGCCUCCCGCCCCCGCCGAGGAUUUGCCUCUUCCCCGCUGUCUGCCGUGCAAGGAAAGCCGCCGGGGCGGGCGUGAGCGCUGGGGGAAUUGAGCCAUCCCCGACAACGAGGGGUCCACCACUUUCUACAGGGCCAGAGUGGCCAUCAACAGGGUGUUGGUGCUGCUGGAGACCCUGAGCUGGGGUCAGCGAGAAGAUGACUGAGUAUAAGCUGGUGGUGGUUGGAGCAGGUGGCGUUGGGAAGAGCGCUUUGACAAUACAGCUCAUUCAGAACCAUUUUGUUGAUGAAUAUGACCCCACGAUAGAGGAUUCCUACAGAAAGCAGGUAGUCAUUGACGGAGAGACCUGUCUGUUAGACAUCCUGGACACGGCGGGUCAAGAGGAGUACAGCGCCAUGCGAGACCAAUACAUGCGGACGGGGGAGGGCUUCCUGUGUGUCUUCGCCAUUAACAAUACGAAAUCCUUUGAAGAUAUUCACCAGUACAGAGAGCAGAUCAAGAGAGUGAAGGAUUCAGACGAUGUCCCCAUGGUGUUGGUGGGAAACAAGUGUGACCUUCCAGCCCGGACAGUGGAAACCCGGCAAGCACAGGACCUGGCCAGGAAUUACGGGAUCCCCUACAUAGAGACAUCAGCAAAAACCAGACAGGGUGUUGAAGACGCCUUCUAUACCUUAGUGCGGGAGAUCCGGCAGCACAAACUACGCAAGCUGAAUCCACCGGAUGAAAGUGGCCCAGGCUGCAUGAAUUGUAAAUGUGUGAUAUCAUGACCAAGUUGACCGGACCGUGACUUGGAGGGGUUUCCACUGUGCGGCGCACGCGGACAGAGGUGAAACAAAAGCAGCAGCAAACUGAUUCAGGGGAGGAGUAUGGGGGAGGAGGGAGACAAGGAGGAGGAUAUCUUGAGCCCCGCAUGGACUGUCUCAAACUUCAUCAAGGCCUGUGACAAGCAACUUUUUUUCCCCCUCCCCGUCUCCUUUUGCCUCCUCCUCUCCCAGCAACUGUACAAAGCCACAGAUUGAAUCACAGUAAAUUAUUAUUUGAUGGUCUCGACAAA